GGGUGACAUGUGAGCAAAUAUCGAGAAAUUAGCACUAUGUUCGAUUGUGAGGCUUAUUGUGCUUCUUUCUUAUCCACCACAUUUCUGAAGUAGGGGAGAAUAACGAUAAGGAAGUUUCCUAAAUCAUCUACUGCCACCAUUUUGUUAUGAUAGCAGCCGGGAAAAGAGAAAGAUCCCUUCACACCCUGAUCCAAAGAUCUCCGUUUUAGUUCGCUCUACAGUCGAUCUCUAUUGGGAAAGUUCAGAAAAAUCGCACCCUUCGAUCAUUGGCUGUAUGGCUACACCAUGAGGACCUAGAAAUACAGAGGGCAGCCUUGAUCAGCUUACCAUGCUUCUAACGCCUUGCUCCUGUGAAAGUGGUUGUCACAAUGCCGAUGAACCUGCCACGAGCCUCGAGGAGCGCAAAUUUCUCUUGCAUCUGUGGCAGAAGGUAGAAAGACAUCUACGCAAACCGACCUCGCAUUAACAUUCAGGGGCUUUCUCCGAGUCUCCACAUCCGAAACUACUCUUCGACGAUCCCUUCAAAUGUUCCCCGAACACAGUGGAAAUCACCCCAGAGCGCAACCCGAAAGCUGAAUCGAGGCACCAUAACUCAAAAAUGCAUGGCACUCGACCAGAGAUGCCACAUGAACGAGAGACCAAAGGACAGCUCCAGCUCUCCAUGCCCGUUCGGAAUCCUCCACACACACAAACACACACACAGAGCUGUAGAAAUCUCCCCACGCACAGCACAGAUUACAAACAAGAGCGAGAAUAAUGAUGAUUAAUUCGACUCUAGACCGCCACCCACAUUAUGACAACAAACAACGGAAUCGGGAGCGAAUUUGGCGAUCAGAUCGAUAAUCUGUUGCCAUUGUCGACCUCAAGGAGCAAUGUCAAGCUGGACGCAGGGGAGGGUGAGAAGGAGGAGGACGCGCGCUUAUAUGGCAAAAGGAAAGAGGUGAGGUGGCAGGCACGUCGGACUCGAAUGCCGCAACGCAAACAUGUUCCGAAGAACGGACAGAAACCUGGACUCGCAAACUCGUUCCAAAUGAAUAGAGCAACGAGCAGAAGUCGAACGAACAGUGGAGACGGACACGCUGGAAGAACGGAAGGAUGAGUGACGAAACGCAUCCGCCACGUGGAGACCACGUGGAGAAAUAUCGCCACUCUGGAAGGACCAGGUCUCGACCGACGAGAAGACGAGAGAGCUGCACCGCCGCCGUGGCGGGUGCGCCGGAAACCUGGUGCUGCCGCAAGAGCGGACGCACGGCCGCAAGUGCGAGCGCAGGAAGCUGGCGACCUGGUGCACCUAAAGGGGACGCGAUUGCUCGAAGGGAAGUGAAGGUCAGCGAGGGAGGGGAAGGAGGGGAAGGAGGCAGAAGCUCAGAUCGGGCGCUUCUUCUCGGCGGGCAUCGGACAUUCACACGACAUCGGACAUUGGCAGGGAGGCAGGGAGAGGAGCGAAGAUGGAGGCCAAGGGGAGCAGGUCAGCGGAUUUGCUGCUCGAUCAGAAGUGGGAUGCAGCGAUCGAUUUGACGUUGAGGAGGGUGGUGUAUUCCUCGGCCGGAGGAGCAGCCGCAGCGCUGACGUUGUUUCGGAGUCCCACCACGCGGUGGUCCGCGAUCGCUUUUGGAGCAGGAAUAGGGUUAGGCUCGGCCUUGAGGGAUUGCUCGUACAUCUUCAAUGGAUCCGAUCCGAUUUGGCCCUUUUCCGUGGGCGAGGGUGCCGAACGUCGCGCCAGCGCCAGCGAAUGAGCGCGAGUGGGACUGAAUGAUCGGAUGAAUGAAUUGGAGGGAGUUCGUUCAGGUCUCGGGGUUUUGAUGUGGGUGUCGUUGGUUUCUGUCUGAUGGGUAUGGUGGCUGCUUUUUCUGGUUCGAGUGUGGGUGGCUGGGGAGGAGAGAAGGGAUGGAGCUGCGGAGCAUUGAGGAUCGAGGAGAAGUGAAGGGAGCCCGGAGUAUCGACAGUCACACAUCUUUGGCCUGGAGCACCGUGCAUUUUUCGAUCUUUUCUGGCUCCGUUUUCCGGCGCUUUCUUUCCUCGAUGAAUUUUCGAGUGGAAUGAGUACAAGGGCUGUUUCAUUGCACGAAGAGAACUGUGUAUAAUUUCUUAAUGCAGAUUUUACGCGUCUGCUUUACGGGGUAACUCGAAUCAAUCAUAGCACGUAGAAUGUUCGUGCAGGCUGAGGUUUAUCCUGAAUUUUCCUCCAUUCAUUUCCCUCCCUCUUUCAUCUCCAAAAUCCGAAAUUUGCAUUUUUAGGUCGAAGGUAGAAUAUGUGGCGGUCGGUCUCUGAUGUCGAAAGACUCAAAGACCGUUUUUCUGGUCCAGAAAAACGUUGUAUUUUGUAGGUAAAUGUCGAAUGCUGGCCGUUCACGCUUUUAUACCAGAAUUGGACUCGUGUGGCAGAGCCCACAUCGAACUUUGGUAAUAACAGAUGUGCAAUUGCGAAUAAGGAUUGUGGCCUCACGUUUGGUACGAGAUAUUGUUUGCCUCGAGUAGGGAGAGUUUGCGGACUGGAAUGUAUCAACCAUGUCGUUUUAUCACAGUGAAUUGGACUGGAGGACUCUUUAACGCUCUUAUUCCAUCUCUUCCAGCUCCUUCCAGUUUCCACCGUGUUUAUGAAUCUUUUUAAACGUGAGAGUUGGAACUAAUCUACCCAUCGUUAAUCCGUCCAUGUUCACAAUUUUUCACAUAACUCUAAAUCUUAUCAGACGGAGGUUAGAGUGAAGCUUUUGAACACAUCAUGUUGUUGUGUUCCCCUUGAUUCAAUGCAUAGAAGGC